AUGACAACAGCAGACGAAUACAAGGCAGAAGGUAAUAAAUACUUUGCUGCUAAAGAAUUUGAAAAGGCCAUUGAAGCAUUUACUAAAGCAAUUGAAGCCUCACCUGAACCAAACCAUGUUCUUUAUUCCAAUCGUUCUGGGUCUUAUGCCUCAUUAAAAGAUUUCAGUAAUGCUUUGAAGGAUGCCGAAGAAUGUGUUAAGAUCAAUCCUAAUUGGGCUAAAGGUUAUAAUAGAAUUGCAGGGGCCGAAUUUGGAUUAGGUAAUUUUGAUCAAGCCAAAUCAAAUUAUGAAAAAUGUUUAGAAUUGGAUCCUAAUAAUGCCAUGGCUAAAGAAGGUUUAAAAUCAAUUGAAUCUGCCUUGGCAUCUGGUAAUGGUGGUGAUGACAACGAUUUAGGAUUUGGUAAAAUUUUAAAUGAUCCUAAUCUUUAUACUAAAUUGAAAAAUAAUCCCAAAACCAGUGAAUUUAUGAAUGAUCCUCAAUUUGUGGCUAAACUUGAACGUCUUAAAACUAAUCCACAAUUGGGUAAUCCAGAAAUGUUUAGUGAUCCAAGAUUAUUGACAGCAUUUGCUGCCUUGAUGGGUAUUGAUAUGAAUUUACCAAACAUGGGUUUCACCGCUCCAAACGAAUCACAAUCUAAUGAACCAAAGGAGGAACCAAAGGAGGAAGAAACUAAACCAAAAGCAAAGGAAGAACCUAAAGCAACUGAAGACAAAGACACUCCAAUGACUGAUGCCCAAGAUGAAACUACUAAUGACGCCAAAUCUCAAGCUGAUAUUGCUAAAGCUGAAGGUAAUACCUUAUAUAAGAAACGUCAAUUUGAUGAAGCAAUUGCCGCAUAUAACAAAGCUUGGGAAUUACAUAAAGAUAUCACUUAUUUAAAUAAUCGUGCUGCUGCUGAAUAUGAAAAAGGUGAUUAUGAUGCUGCUAUUACUACAUGUGAAAAGGCAAUUGAUGAAGGUAGAGAUAUGAGAGCUGAUUAUAAAUUAAUUGCUAAAUCGUUUGCUCGAUUAGGUAAUAUUUAUUUGAAAAAAGAUGAAUUACCUGAAGCCGUGAAAAAUUUUGAAAAAUCUUUAACUGAACAUCGUACUCCAGAUGUAUUAAAUAAAUUAAGAUCAACUCAACGUGAAAUUAAAACAAGAGAAUUAAAUGCUUAUAUAGAUCCUGAAAAGGCUGAAGAAGCAAGAUUACAGGGGAAAGAAUAUUUCACUAAAGGUGAUUGGCCAAAUGCUGUUAAAGCAUAUACAGAAAUGAUUAAAAGAGCACCAGAAGAUGCUAGAGGAUAUUCUAAUCGUGCUGCUGCAUUAGCUAAAUUAUUAUCAUUUCCUGAUGCUGUACAAGAUUGUAAUAAAGCUAUUGAAAAAGAUCCAAAUUUCAUUAGAGCUUAUAUUAGAAAAGCUAAUGCUCAAUUGGCAAUGAAAGAAUAUAGUCAUGUAAUGGAUACUUUAACUGAAGCAAGACAAAAAGAUAUUGAAUUGAAUGGUGGCGUUGGUAAAUCAACUCAUGAAAUUGAUGAAUUAAUGAAUAAAGCAACUUAUCAAAGAUUUCAAGCUAUUGAAGGUGAAACUCCUGAACAAACUAUGGAAAGAGUUUCAAAAGAUCCAGAAAUUGUUCAAAUUUUACAAGAUCCAGUAAUGCAAGGAAUUUUGGCUCAAGCAAGAGAAAAUCCAGCAGCUUUACAAGAUCAUAUGAAAAAUCCUGAAGUUUAUAAGAAAAUUAAUAUGUUGAUUGCUGCUGGAGUUAUUCGUACCAGAUAA